AUGGUUAGAGACGCUUCCUCUGAGAACACAGACAUAGAUUGUGUAAAUGUUUCCAUCUGGACGACUCACACACUCAAGAGUCUCUGUAAGAACUGUCUGCUUUCUGUUUCUUCUUGUUCAGACAUAAAGAAUGUCACAGCAAAGCCUGGAGAGGACGUCCUUCUUCACUGUCAGGCUCCCAGAGGUGCUGACAUCAAAGCGAUAGUGUGGAUCAGAAAUGACCUGAAGUCAAACAAAUAUGUCUUCGCCCGCAAUGGAAACCACACAAAUGGGAUCUACCAGCUCCCCUCAUAUCGUGGUCGAGUGACCCUGAGUGACCCAGAGAUGAAGGAUGGAGAUGUUUCUGUUGUUCUGAAGAACGUCAGCGUCAACGACACCGGAACAUAUGAAUGUCGAGUUGGAAUCAAGAAGGGAGAAGAACCUAAAGUCUACAGCACCAAUAAGCUGACCGUCCCAGUCUCAGGUCACUCAGCUGGAGACAUGAAGGAGACAAGGAUGAAGGAGACAAGGAUGGAGGACAAGGAUGGAGGAAAAACACCAACGACAUUAUGGACUGAUAGCAGCUAA